GGUUCAUCCAUCGGACAAACAAAAACACACACACACACACAGUGUACAAGAAGAACACACACACUUUCACUUAGUUAACUCCGCCACCUCCAACGGAGCUUUCAAAGCUAACACUAUAAUAUAUCUCCUUCCUCACAACCUUCCCCUGUUCCCCCCACAUUUCCUCUCCAGUCUCCACAAAGCUCUCAACCCUAAUCGCAAUGCAGUUUUCAAUUUCUCUCUCGCUAUCUUCUCCAUCAACGGUCUGUAGAUCGGACUGCUCCGCUGUCGCUUCCAAUGCGAACGUCACUUUGCUGACUCCGCCACGAUCACUUCGAUUCUGCGGUCUUAGAAGGGAGGCUUUUGGGUUCAAAUCAUUUAAUUCGUCUGUUCAUACGCGUUUCCAAUCAUCUAAGACUACGAGGCUUUCGUGCUCCAACAGAAUCGCGGCUUCUUUGGGUGGAAAUGGAGCACCUUCCAAGGGUUUUGAUUAUGAUCUGGUUAUUAUUGGAGCUGGUGUUGGUGGUCAUGGUGCUGCUCUUCAUGCCGUUGAGAAGGGCUUGAAAACUGCUAUCAUCGAAGGGGACGUAGUUGGAGGAACAUGUGUAAAUAGGGGAUGUGUUCCUUCCAAAGCUCUUUUAGCUGUGAGCGGGCGCAUGCGGGAGCUUCAGAAUGAACACCAUAUGAAGUCUUUUGGUCUCCAGGUUGCUGCCGCCGGAUAUGACAGACAGGGUGUUGCUGAUCAUGCAAAUAAUUUGGCCUCCAAGAUUCGUAGUAAUUUGACCAAUUCAAUGAAAGCCCUUGGUGUGGAUAUAUUGACAGGUUUUGGAAAAAUUUUGGGUCCACAAAAGGUCAAAUAUGGAGAUACUGUAAUAACAGCAAAAGAUAUAAUAAUUGCAACUGGUUCUGUCCCCUCUGUGCCCAAAGGCAUCGAGGUUGAUGGUAAGACAGUGAUAACAAGUGAUCAUGCACUCAAAUUGGAAUUUGUACCUCAAUGGAUUGCUAUUGUCGGAAGUGGUUACAUUGGACUAGAAUUUAGUGAUGUGUAUACGGCACUAGGAAGUGAGGUUACCUUUGUUGAGGCUUUAGAUCAGCUCAUGCCCGGCUUUGAUCCUGAGAUUGGGAAGUUGGCACAGCGAGUCCUCAUAAAUCCUCGAAAGAUCGAUUAUCAUACAGGUGUAUUUGCAAGCAAGAUAACUCCAGCAAAGGAUGGAAAACCAGUGACUAUUGAGCUUAUUGAUGCAAAGACUAAGGAACUCAAGGAUACAUUGGAAGUAGAUGCUGCUCUAAUUGCGACUGGAAGGGCACCAUUCACCCAGGGACUUGGCCUGGAAAAUAUAAAUGUUCAAACACAACGUGGAUUUAUUCCUGUUGAUGAGCGGAUGUGUGUUAUUGAUGCCAAUGGAGAGUUGGUAAGCAUGAAUAUGCAAUUGGAAAGGAUUUUUCAGCUUUUGCUUAAUAUGUGUACAUUUGGAUCGAAGGUUAAAGCUGACACUUCUAGUCCAGUUGCUGAGCCAGUUGCAGCCUAA